UGAAAGUGUGCGAGGUAUCCGUUGCGAUUGGGGGAUGAUAAUCGCGAGGGCGGGGUGGCCGAAGAGCAAGCGCUUUUCCGCGUAACAUGCGGUCUUGUUUUCGUUCACUACCCCCGUGCAAUUCUAGUUUAUUCAUAGGUGAAAAAGCUAUUCAAAGCGCUUCUAUUCUUAAUCGUUCUUAUUGGUGCCGUCAAUAGCGGACCUCUAGAGGCUAGUUCAGGUCUCGGUCGCGGGACAUGGAGGGUCUGUCGGAGACGCAGUGCAAGGUGUGCGGGGACAAGGCCUCGGGGAAGCACUACGGGGUGGCAAGUUGUGACGGGUGCCGCGGGUUCUUCAAGCGCUCCAUCCGACGCAACCUGGAGUACGUCUGCAAGGAGAACGGGAAGUGCAUCGUUGACGUUACCAGGCGCAACCAGUGCCAGGCGUGCCGCUUCAGCAAAUGCCUCCUGGUCAACAUGAAAAAAGAUGCUGUACAGCACGAGCGGACAUCAAGACAGAAUUCUCACCACCACCAUCACCGCUUUCACCGAAGUCGGGAGCUAUGUAGCCCCAUUUUUCCAUCUGCGUUCAUUUACCGAUACCCUCAUCCUUUCCCGUACAGCGUCGCUGCAAUCAUGUCCAAAUCUGAACUGCAUCAGACCACGCCUGCAUCCCGUCCAUUGGGAGCUUUCAACAACUACCUCGCUCUUCACGAUUGCCAAUACAUAUCUGUCAGCAAAGACUGUCAACAACUUUUGAAAGAGGAUGAAGUAAGCAGCUCAGAAGAAGUGCAGCAUAUAACGCCACAAGAUGUAACUAAAUCUUCACCGAUAUCUCCCAAAAAAGAGCGACAGGACGAUGUUUCCGUGGACAUGCCGAAUGAAGGCAUCUAUGAGUCUGCAGCUAAGUUAUUGUUUCUUGCCGUUAAAUGGGCCAGAAGCAUUCCGUCGUUUAUUCAGUUACCCAGCCAUGACCAAUCACUUUUACUUGAGGAUUCAUGGUCAGAGUUGUUUGCGUUAAGUGCUGCCCAGUGGUCUUUCGCUUUAGAUCAAGGUUUUUUAGUAAUAAAUUCAGCAGCGCCUGAAUAUCGACACUCAGCACUCGAGGAAACAGUGCGGAAACUAAAAGGAAUUGUAAAUCGCAUUUUAACAAUGAGACUGGACCAUACUGAGUUUACUUGUCUAAAAGCAUUAGUCCUGUUUAAAUCAGAUGUGGCCGGGCUGAGCGAGCCGUCGUACAUCGAGCUGCUGCAGGACCAGACGCAGGUGAUGCUGCGCGAGUACAUCUCGGUGACGAGCAAGGUCCGCUUCGGGAAGCUCCUGCUCCUCCUGCCUGUCCUGGCCUCCCUCGAGAAACGGAACCUCGAGGAACUCUUCUUCCGCAAGACCAUCGGCAAUGUCUCCAUCUCCUCCCUCCUCACAGACAUGCUCCAGCAAUGAUGAGGCUCACCCCGCACUCUGGCAAUUAUCCAAGCUGGCAACACUGGCAAACAAAAUCCUCUCAGGAAAAUAUUCCCAAAUGGAGAUGUUGCAUGUGUGAGGAAUUUGCGAUUUGACUGUUGAUUCUUACGUAAAAGUUUGCGAGAAACAC